GCGAAGGUUUAUAUUUUGUCCGCCAUCUUGGUUUCCGCUUAGAGCGAGGGGUGGUGAAUAAAUUGGAUGAUUGUUAACUUAUUUCCAAGUGGACAGAGCUGAAAUUUGGCACAGACAGGAUUGAUUCUUUGGGGCUUAUAAUCAGAUAAACAUGGUGAGGACAGAUGUAUGGGGGAGACAUGGUAGUUCAAGGUGAAGGUCAACCAGGGGUCAACAAGAUGUUGACAGCAGAGUUACCUUCCUUGCCUUCCCUGGAGGUGGAUACUAUGACACAGGUCCAGUUGACGGAGUUCAUACCUAACUUGGUUCAGUUGUCUACCGGAAGAGACCUGCCCCUUUUUGGUCAAAACCAGUUCAAGCCGGAGUGGUGGCCCAGUGAAACCCCAUGGGUGGAUCCAGGCUUAGAAGAAAAUACACAGGAGGACCAGUUGGAGCUUUUAAAAAAGGUGGUGCGUUCCUGCUACAAACAUCUAGGUCAAGAAAAGCUUCUGAAUGAAUCCGACUUACGCGUGGAUGUCAUGGAGACAGAACAGGAAGUGAACCCUCAGGCAGAGUCCCAGCCGGAGGAAUCAAAGGGGGAGGGUGAUGUCACUGAUGCUCCUGCUUCACAGGGGCCAGCACCUGAGACAGGGGAAUCCCCGGCUAAUGAUGCCCCCAUCUGGAUCUGCUUCCUGUGCACCAAACAGUUCAGUGACCAGGAAGUACUGAUGGAACACCAGGACGAAUGUGAAAAAGAGGCUGAAAUUCGUGAGGCCCGACAACGCAUUCUGGAAAUCCAACGGCAGCAGGAAUUGUUGAAAAAAGUUGGAGUAAAGGAAAACAGAAAUUUUGUGAGAUAUCGCAAAAGGAGGAGGAGAAUUCGAUAUUUAGACAUAAAUACAAGACCAGAUAAAUCUGUGUUCAUUGGUCUGUUAGACCUGGUGAAAAAACCCGAUGCUGAAAAUUCAUUGGAAGCUUCUCCAAAGAAGGAAGUGGACAGCGAUUGUGAGAUUAUCGAGGUGUCAUUUCCCGAGGCCCCCCGAACGCCUCGAACCCCAAAAUCACUCAUGUCUCAACUCAGUCGAGACUCGGAAGCUCACUCGAGAAGGCGUUGUCUCAGUUUUAGUGGGAUGUUUAGCGAUUCCGAGAGUGGGGAGGAGAUGGAGAAAAAGAUCUCCAAAAGUUCCCUAUUGUUCGGCAUUGACAUCACGUCUGCUCUUGGACAUCGAGUGAAAAAACACUUAAAGAUUGACUCAACCAUUCCUGUGGUGAAAGAAUACGAGAAAUUCUGUGGUGGAGUGGACAAGAAUCAGUUCAUGGAGAAGCUGCGUUCGGAGAGGACUUAUCCUAUUGUGUACAAAAAACGCAAAAAGUUCUCCACGAAGCACACACACAUGUUCAAGUUUAAUUCUGAACAGCGCAGGGAGUUCAUGAUCACAAAGAAAACUGGCCUGACCAAACGUAGCAGAGAUUUACUGUGUCAUCUCAAAGACUGUUCCGUGAAACUACAGCGGCUUAAACCUGAGAUUAUAAAGGAGUGGUGCCGACCCAAGCCAAAACCAGUAGCCAAACCGGUAUCAAAACCAGUAUUUGUGCCUCGUUACCCAAUGAACAACCAGACUGCCACAAGAGUCGAUUCCCAUCUCCGGCAGAUUCUCAGUAAACCACUGUUUGGGCCCAAGAGUGCUAGAAUCAGACAGAUCAACGAAAAUAUCAACAGAAUUCGCACAAGCCAGUCCAUGCAGCAUUACGAUAUGAUCACCAAGGUUGUAACAAAUCCUGAUGGAACCGAAACCAUGAAAGUUAUUUACGUCCCAAAGAAAACCCAGGAGAAAAAGAGGAAGCAGAAUUUUAGUCCAUACAGGAAAGUUAUCCAAGAGGACGAUGACAUUCAGAUUAUUGAGUUGUCGGACUCCUCGGACGACGAAGCGGAUCAGACGAAGCUGACGGAGUCGCCGCGGAAAUGUCCACCUCAGAUGAAUCGAACGGUUAAACCGGCCACUCCGCAGUCUCGGACUGGUAUACUCAAACCAACCUCUAUGUCCAGUGAAAACCUUGUAGGACGCAACAGUCCUAUAAUGAAAAACAAUCAAUUAAAAUCAAGAACAGGUGUGAUUACUUACAUGGGAAUUAAAUACGAUUCGCCGUCUCCGGGUCAGCACGAUGCCAUAAGGCGGCAACUCAACUCAACUUCACCAGGUGUCGCGAGUGAACUGCCACAAAAACCACAACCGUCUUCCCAAGCUAGUCGUAACAUCAGUUUCGGUCAAGUGGGUAUCCCUACAGCAUUACGAAUCUCAAACACACAAAGUGCACCACCACUGAAACCCAUGCAGGGUAAAAAAGUGAUGCGUAAUCCCAUUCUGGAACAAUUUUCCGGGGUCGUCGACACCGUACAGAUAGAAUCAAAACCUCCGACCAACGCUACUGCCAAACCCAACAUUCUCCAGCGCCCCUCUAUAGCUAUAGCCCCGCUUAAGUUAGUCAGCAACAAACCAGAGGAAGCCAUUGUAAUCGAUGAUGACUAGGAAAACGGAAUAACUUAUGUAGUUGAUUGUGUUUUCUGAAGGCAUUAAUUUAAUUUUGAUUAGCCACUAAGAAUUUUAUUUUCUUUGGUCACUGCUGACCACUUUACUUACUAUUUUGAAGAAAGUGUACAUAAAUAAUGUAUUGUGAAAGUUUAUAUCCAAUUAUGAGAGAUGAUUUCUUUAUUGUAAUUAUUUAUUUUUGAUUCAGUUUCAAUAGACUUGUUUUAUUAGAAACUUCUGAGUGUGAAUGAAUUUUGUAUAUAUUGAAUCCUGUUUGAUACAGGGUGAGAAAUGAAACUUACGCCAGAUCUCUAUGUCAUUUCCUGUACAUUAUUAUUUAUUGAUCAAUUUUCUGUUUAUGAUUUACUAUUCCAAUAUUUCUCUGCAAUCUCUUUUCAUCACCCACACAAGUUCUUUGAUGUACAAUGAAUUGUUUACUGCUGUUCCCAAGGGCUGAUAGUUUUGUAUUUGCAAAUGUAACAAUCAACACAGUUCAAUUACGUUUUCAAUGAAUCCAUAUGACUUAGCUUUAUCAGCACUUUUUGUCAUAACAAAGUACCAGUACAUGUACUGACUACCUCAGUUCCAAAGAUUUAAGAAUUUUAAGGGAACAGUCUAUAUCAAGUAUCAUGGUCCUCAUAUUCUUUAACAUUACUGUAGGGGAAGGUUUUCCCUAGAUCUGCUAACAGUAUAAUGGGCCAGUGCGGCAGUGCCAUGAAUUAAAAGUAACACCCCAAUCCAUAACACUAUAUAGGAGAGGUCCUAAGAUUUACUUGCAGUAUACUGCGAUAGAGAGGAUUCUCCCUAGAUCUGCUAGAAUGGGUUAAAGUGAUGGCCGUACCUGUCCUUAACAAUAAGACUGCUAAAUAGGGAGGGUUUUCCCAAGUCAGCUUUCAGUAAAAUGGCUCAAUGCCCUGAAUUGGUACAGUAAAACUUAAGAUUUUUUUUUUUGAACUGUUGCAAUUAAACUUUCAUUUAGCUAAUUUUUUCUCUUUCAAAAAUAUGUUAAAUUUGUUUUAGAUUUGAGAAAUGUAAAAUAUACCAAUAGUAUUUUUAUUGUACACAGAAAGGUCAUUUUGUUUUAAUGAGUUACUUAUUGGGUGUCCUUAAAGUUUUUUAAGGACAUAUGACUUAAUUAUAACUUUGAUAUUUGAUGUGUGUACUUGAUUGAUGUGUUUAAAUGAACUAAGGAGUACAAGAGAUAGCUAAAAUUUCUGAAGUGACUUGAAAAUGAAACUUAAAUUAUGCAGUUUGAUUGUAUAAAAUUUUGUAUAAAUUUUCAGACUAUUUGUAUAAAAGCCCUCACGUUAAUUGUGACGGUGAACAAUAAGGCAAUUAAAAUUUCACACAAACA